AAUAUUUCCAGUUUGAGUGCCAUUGCCUUGGCUUAGAAGACAUUCAUUCCUCCCAAAGCUUGCCAAACAACAAGUAUUGCAAGAAACAGGAGCAAAAAAAUAAAAAAUCACCAAAAAGUCAUAACAUAAAAACCCAUAAAUUUUCCUCAGAAAAAUUCUUGUCGGAAUCAAGUGGGGAAAACUUAUUCUCUGGUUUCGUCUAAAUCAGAAAAAAAUAUAACAACUUUCAUAGCAGCAGCAGCAUCCAGCCUGCUAGCCAGGCAAUAAACAUCAUACCAAAGUUUGAUUUGUAGUUGAAAACUAAGCAAAAAGUGUUUGUAAAUGUGUGUGUGUGUCUCUUGUGUGUGAAUGUGUAAACGACAGGCAAGCAAGCCAACAAGAAGUAAACCAGCAACUGAGCUAAACUGAAGGAUCCUACUAAGAAUUUCAGCCACAAAUCAUAAAGUUUAUGAUUUGUUAUCCCAUAGGAAACCUGUGGAUUACUGCGAGCUGCUGUGCAAUGGCGAAAACCCCAAGGAAGUCUUGAAUUUCCAUCCUAAAUCCACAUUUUGCAUCCUUUUUCCUAGGAUUUUUGGAUAAACUCUUGAGAAAACUAAGCUGCACAUCCACAUCCAUUCAAUUUGAACCAACGAGCGAGUGAACGAACCAACACAUACAUCAUAGAGAGAUAAUAAAUGCUACUAAAUUUAACCCAGCUUGUGUGUGUGCGUCUGUGUGGGAGAGAGACAGAGAAAAGACCAUGCUUUAAAAGACAAUUCAAUUGACAAUUUGGUUUAAAUAAAUCUACAUAAAAAUCCAUAAAAAAACAGCUGGAAUUGAAUUGAAUGGUAGAUGAAAUGAAAUAAAAAUCCGGCAAAAGGAAAGUAACAAAAAACUAAAGAGACAAAAUAAGUGAACCAAAUUGAGGGGAAAACGAAAGAGAGAGAGAGAGGAAGAAUAAAUGUGAGUGGUACAAGCAAGCGAAGCAAACAGGCAACGGUUAAAAAAUAACAGCGAUACACAUAAACAUUAAAACGGAAACGGAAAUUGUAAAAUAAAAAUCCGCACACAAAUAUACCCAAACGAACACACUCACACAGAGUGAAUGGCACAUUAUAAAGUAGAUUCAUAAAAAAGGCAACAAGAAACUCUGACCAAAAAAAAGUACAAGGACAAUAUCCUUGCAAAACAACCAAACCAAAGAAUAAAGAAAACAAAACACAGAACAAACCAAACCAGCCAAGCCCAGCCCAGCAAGGACAACAGUACAAACCCCCUAGCAUGCGGAUGGUCCUUCGUCAUUGAGGCCAAGUAACAAACAAACAAACAAACGAACGAACCAAUAAACUGAUAAACAUUUACAGUUAUAACUAUCCUCUUUAAAUAACUACUGCCACUUCCGGUUGACUGGUUAUUGGUGUGCUCGGCUUCGGUUCGUUAUUUUUUUUCGCUGCUUCUCCGUUCAUUUCAGUCUUUUGUCUGCCGUCGUGUUUUUUUUUCGUUUUGUGGCAUAUCUUAAGAAGUUUCUGACAUUUACACAGUGUAGUCUACGUUGAACCGUAGAAAAAACACAACAACAACAACAUAAACAUGACGUCUUCGACGGCAAUGCCAGCGAAAGCAAUCAGAACAAAAACAAAAAUCCUGCCGCCUUUAAUAGCACCAACAACAACAAUUGAAGCCACAACACCUCCACUUAGCAGUUAUCGUCAUCACAGCCACAAGCAUGGACACUGUGGAAGUGGCAUCACGAGACAAUAUCCCCGACAUCUGUUGGCUUACAGUCUGCUAUCGAUAUUGGUCGUAUUGUGUUGGCUACCCGAUUUUAUUGUGGCAUUAAAGGAUGUUUCGGUAACGAUACCACAAGCUGUAAAACGUGGCAGUAAUGCAAUGCUAACAUGUAAUUACGAUAUGGAAAAUGAUACUUUAUAUUCCGUAAAAUGGUACAAAGGACGACGUGAAUUUUAUCGUUACACACCCAAGGAAAAUCCGGCCAUGAAAGUUUUUCUUACACAAAGUGGUCUAAAUGUCGAGCGUAAUCUUUCCAAUCAAAGUCAUGUCGUUUUAUUGGCCGUACCUCUCAAUAUCUCUGGCAAAUUCACUUGUGAAAUAUCCGUUGAGGCGCCAUCAUUCCAAACGGCCAUGGUUUCCGGUGAAAUGGAAGUUGUAGAAUUACCGGAGGAGCAGGCAAGCGUAACCGGUAUUCAACCACGUUAUCGUAUUGGUGAUUUGGUUGACGGCAAUUGCUCAAUUAAAUACUCUAAACCAGCUGCUAAUUUGACAUGGACUAUUAAUGGUAUCGUGGUUCCACCGCAUCACAUCAAAACCUACCAAAUUGAAAAAUAUGAACAGACCAAUUUGGAAUCGGUUAUGAGUGCCAUUCAUUUUAUGGUAACCACACAGCAUUUUAUCAAAGGACAAAUGAGGCUCAAAUGUACGGCGAGUAUUUUCGAUAUAUUCCGUGAAGAAAUCGAAAGUGUCAUUGAAGAGGACCGCCCCAGAAUCAUGGCUUCCGGUCGUUCAUAUGAUGCCCACAGCUAUCCUCAUGACGACAACAGUGUGGGCUAUGAGGAUCACAAUGAGUCGUAUUUGACAUAUUUUUCGGCUCCAAAGUCAUCAGCAUCGCCCCGGGCCAAGGCACCCUUUGCCAUAAUCUUCGAAUACUUUCACAAGCUGUUGCCGGCAUUAUCGCUGAGGAAAAUAAAAAAUCAUAUAUGCAACACAUUAGCGACAUUUAUCAUCGAUAUUGAAAGGUAUUAUGGGAAAAUCACUCAAAAUGUCAUGACAACAUAUUGGCUGAAAAUGGAGCAGGAGCUAAUCAAACUAAUAACAGUAAUGGCCGUAUUAUUAAAGAUAUAUCAACAACAACAAGAACAGAACAACAAUGGUGGCAACGGAAAAACUUGCCACUGGUGGCGACAGAUGCUGGGAAAUGGCAGCAAUGUUCUGGGAAAGAUAUUUUGUAGUUUCAAGAAGCAGCAAGAACAGCAACUGAUGAAAUCAACGACAAUCAUGAAUGAAUAUGAGGACAUGCAUCAAGAGCAGAGGGAGCCACUGUUGGUGCAACAAACGAAAUCUAACAAGGCACACUCUUAUCUUUGCACACAGCAAGUCGGCGAGGGGGAAGGAGAAGCUACGGCCAUUGAUGUUCUUCUUGCUGCUCUACGUAUUGAUUGUCAGUUGGAAAAUGAACAGUGUUUAGCAGCAAAUCAAAAUGUCAUCAAUGAAAAGGUCUUUUGGCAUACGGCAACAGCAACAGGAGCAGGAGCAUUGGAAUCAUUUUCCAAUGUCGAUUACCAGCAACAUUGGCGGCAGCGGCAGCGACAGCAACAGCAGCAGAUGUCACAAACACUUGACAAUGUCCCAUCAACAAAUGCAACAACGUCUUUGGCAUUCCCUUUGCAGGGCUUACCAUUCGCCACAAUUGCCAUUGUUGUUGGAACUGGUGCUGGUGUAACGUUUGGUCGUGAUAGUUUUCCAUUAUGUGAGGAUGUCGACGAUGCUGCUGGUGGUGGUGAUGCCGAUGAUGAUGCUUUCGUUGCAACUAAAAGCAAUAACGCCAACUAUAUGUCAAGGGAUCAAACAUUAUUGAUGAUGACUUCCAGUAAGAAGAGUGCCACGACCUAUCUUAAUAGCAGAAAAUUACAAAGGGUAGCGGCAAAAUUGGCAAUGCAAUGGUUAGAAGAAAUUGAAGAAGAACCCUCACGACCAUCACCCCCCGCAGCAGCAGUGACGACCGGGGCAUUAGAAAGAAACCUGAAAAGUAUGGCUCACAAAGGAAAUGCAAAAGCAGCCCCAUCAUCAACGUCGUCGGUGUCUUUCUUGACAUUUGCAUUGCCCUCCCUCUACUUGAAGAAGGCAUUUUCAUUCUCCGCCCUUCCCCAGUUUCAUAAUUCUUAUUUGAUGACGUUUAUUGGUAAAUUUCUCUUACAUCAAUGCUGAUGUUAAACGGAUGAUAAAUGAUAUGUUUCUUUUUCACAUUUAUUUUCCCCAUUCAUUUCCCAUUACCAAAACAAAACUCAUGGAGAAAUGUAAAAAAAAAUGCAACACAACACGAAAAAAAAUCUAUAAUUUCUAUAAGCCAAAAAAUAUAUAUUAAAAAAGAAGAGAGAAAUAAGAACUUCUAUUCAAAAUGCAGUUUAUUUUUCAUUCAUACACAUACACACACAUGGGAGCGACUUAUAACCAAUUCCCCCAAGAAACCCUAUUUAAGAAAAGGAAAUAAGAAUAAAUCUUAACAUGAAAUGAAAUAACAAAAAAAAAAUAUAAAAAAUUAAUUAUAUGCGCGCUUUUUUAUGAAAGAAUAAAAAAACCAAUACAAACAACAAAAAUAACACAUUCACAUAAAGUUGUAUGUCUAGUAAUUAAGUGUUAUAAAUGUUAUUAUUUUUCUUGUAAGAAAAGGAGGAAAAAAAAAAUAAAAAACACAAAUAG